AUGCUGUCGCGACAACGCCUUCCGCGGAUCCUUGCAACCAAGACCCCAACAGCCUUAACAAGACCAAGGGCCCGGGCUUUCUCCUCGGUACCUCUGUCUGUACGGCCCGGCCGGCAGUCCGCAUUGCGAUUGCAAACACUCUCACGGACCGGUUCCCAGGUGUCGCUUUCGAACUUUUCGAGCUAUUCUCCACUCGGGAAACAGAAGGAUGGAUUCUUUGAUGGUCAGGUCGAGCCCCUGUCGGAAGAAGAGAUGAAGGCAAAUCUUGAGAAGGCAAAGGCGAAGGCCGAGGCAGAGGCCGAGGAGAAAGGCGUCAGCGAGGCCAAGCUGUCCAGCUCAGACACACCGCCCGGUAACUCUGGCCAAGGGGCUCCAGAAUCGCCGGAUAGCAAAGGCAGUGCUGCCGGUGGCGCCGCGUCGGGGUCGGCGGGGGACGGUGCUGGAGAUGGGGGCAGACGAGGCCGAAAACCCGGCGACCGGGCAUUGACAAAGCCUCAGGUGCCAGAGAUCUACCCCCAGGUCUUGGCGAUACCAAUCGCCAAGCGCCCGCUCUUUCCAGGUUUCUACAAGGCCAUCACUAUCAGAGACCCCGACGUUGCCAACGCGAUAAUGGAAAUGAUCAAGAGGGGCCAGCCAUAUGUGGGCACGUUUCUUUUCAAGGACGAGAACGCCGACGACGAUAUAAUACGCAGCCCGGAUGAGGUCCAUGAUGUUGGUGUCUUCGCCCAGAUCACCAGCGCUUUCCCCAUCAAGCCAGGUGGUGAAGGCAAUGGCAUAACCGCAAUUGUCUAUCCACACCGUAGGAUACGGCUGUCUUCUUUGAUCCCCCCCGGAGCGGCGGACGCCUCGAAACCUGGCGAGAUAACAGAGCCUGCGCCUCCCGAGCCGAUCCCCAAGCCUACAGAAGAGGCGGCGCAGAAGGGAGACGUAGUCGCGAGUUUCGAAGAGAGUGCGGUUGUCCAAAAACCCGACGCGGCGCAGAAAACGUUAUCUCCGACGUCUUUUCUCAAGAAGUUCCCCGUUAGCCUCGUCAACGUGGAAAACCUAACCGAGGAGCCCUUUGAUCCCAAGAGCCCGGUGAUACGCGCAGUCACCAACGAAAUCGUGAAUGUUUUCAAAGAAGUUGCCAGCAUGAACGCCCUUUUUAGAGACCAGGUGUCUACGUUUUCUAUGAGCCAGUCGGCCGGCAACGUUGGGGGCGAACCCGCCAAGCUGGCCGACUUCGCUGCUGCUGUCUCUGCCGGAGAACCAAGUGAGCUUCAAGAUGUUCUGUCAAGUUUGAACGUUGAGGAAAGGUUGCACAAGGCUCUUUCGCUACUGAAAAAGGAGCAGCUCAAUGCUGAGCUGCAAUCGAAAAUCACAAAGGAUGUAGAGAGCAAAAUUACCAAACGGCAACGCGAAUACUGGCUUAUGGAACAGAUGAAGGGCAUCCGCCGAGAGCUGGGCAUCGAGUCUGAUGGGAAAGAGAAGCUUGUCGAAAAGUUUAAGGAGAAGGCGGACAAACUGGCAAUGCCAGAGGCAGUCCGUAAGGUCUUCGACGAUGAGCUUAACAAACUUGCCCAUCUUGAGCCCGCCGCAUCCGAGUUCAACGUUACUCGCAACUAUCUCGAUUGGCUCACGCAGAUUCCCUGGGGACUGAGGAGCGCCGAGAACUUUGGCAUACAGAAUGCGAUAACAGUCCUAGAUGAGGACCAUUACGGUCUGAAGGAUGUCAAGGAUCGCAUCUUGGAAUUCAUUGCUGUCGGGAAGCUCCGUGGGACUGUCGAAGGCAAAAUCCUGUGCUUUGUUGGUCCCCCUGGAGUAGGCAAGACAAGCAUUGGUAAGUCAAUAGCACGCGCACUCAACCGAGAGUACUAUCGAUUCAGCGUUGGCGGUCUCACCGAUGUUGCGGAGAUCAAGGGUCACAGGCGGACGUAUGUCGGAGCGUUGCCGGGCCGUGUCAUCCAGGCACUCAAGAAAUGCAAGACCGAGAACCCUCUGAUCUUGAUCGACGAAAUCGACAAGAUUGGUCGCGGGCACCAAGGAGACCCGUCGUCUGCGCUUCUUGAGCUCCUUGAUCCCGAGCAGAAUAGUUCUUUCCUCGACCACUAUAUGGACGUCCCAGUCGAUCUGUCCAAGGUUCUCUUUGUUUGCACGGCGAACAUGACUGACACGAUCCCACGGCCACUUCUCGACCGCAUGGAGGUGAUCCGGCUCUCGGGCUACGUCGCGGACGAGAAGAUGGCUAUUGCGGAGAAAUACCUCGCCCCCCAAGCCCAGGAUCUUGCUGGACUCAAGAACGUUGACGUGAACCUAACCAAAGAGGCAAUCGAAGAGCUCAUCAAGUCAUAUUGUCGCGAGUCCGGCGUCCGGAACCUCAAGAAGCAGAUCGAAAAGGUUUACCGGAAGUCGGCGCUGAAGAUUGUGCAGGACUUGGGCGAAGAGGUGUUGCCCGAGUCAGAAGCCCUGACUGACGAGGGCAAGACCGCCCUAGAGGAGUCCGAGACAAAGAGCGAGAGUAGCGAUAAUAGCGAGACAAAUCAAGCCGCCACGGAGGCAUCUGAGAAGGAAACAACCGAGAAGCCUAGGGUGGCUCUGAAAGUCCCCGACAGCGUUCAUGUCGUCAUUGACAAGGAGAACCUCAAGGACUACGUUGGGCCACCAAUCUUUACCUCUGACAGGCUCUUUGACGUUACCCCUCCUGGUGUCAUCAUGGGGCUGGCUUGGACCCAGAUGGGUGGUGCAGCUAUGUACAUUGAGUCAAUCGUCCAGUCCAGCCUUACGUCGAACAGCAGACCCUCGCUUGAGAUAACAGGAAAUCUCAAGACGGUAAUGAAAGAGUCGACGACGCUCGCCUACUCUUUUGCCAAAUCGUUGAUGGCCAAGGAGUUUCCCGACAACCAUUUCUUGGACAAGGCCAAGAUCCAUCUACACGUCCCCGAGGGGGCAGUGCAGAAAGAUGGCCCCUCAGCUGGAGUUACGAUGGCAACAUCGCUCCUGUCGCUAGCGUUGGAUACGCCCGUCAACCCUACUGUCGCCAUGACUGGUGAGCUAACCCUAACGGGCAAGGUGCUCCGCAUCGGAGGUCUACGGGAAAAGACGGUUGCCGCGCGGAGGGCAGGCUGCAAGAUGGUCAUCUUUCCCGAGGACAACUUGUCGGAUUGGCUCGAGCUGCCAGAGAACAUUAAGGAGGGCAUUGAGGGCCGGCCGGUAAGCUGGUACUCAGAGGUGUUUGAUCUGAUAUUCCCCGACCUCGACCGAGAAAAGGCCAAUAAGAGCCGAAUCCGCGAGGUUAAGAAGGCACAUGACGAAGACACGUCGGAUAACGACGAGUAA